GGACAACUGUCAGUGUACAUCCUUUAGUUUUUUAGUUUUAUUUGAAGGAUUGGAAGUAUAGGCAUACAAACAAAUAUAUGAGAUGUUAUUCUAAAUACUCCAACUCUUUAUUAAUUAGAAAAUAUUACAAAACACUUCUUCUAGAGCUGAUACCAAAGACAAUGCUUUAAAUAUAUUUAAGUUACAGUUGUUGGGAAUACCAUGAAUGAGAUACCUCUUUAUCAACAAUAUUUGCGGGAUUUAAAACAAACCGUAGAAGGACUGCUAGUCACCCAAGUUGCUAACGUGUGGUCAAUUUAUGGUGGUUUAAACAGACUUCAUGGGUGCUUCGAAAAUAUUUUUAGACAUGGAUGUAAGCAGUCGAAGGAGGAAGGUGGUUUUUAUAAUUUUAUCCAAGGUUUAGAGUGGCUGCAGCCAGAAACAUAUAAAUCUUACUUCAACAUAGAUUGUGAAUACAAGGCACAUAUUCCGCAACAUUUUAGGGAUGACAAAUGUCUUAUCUGGCUAUACCGAAGUCUAGAAACUCACUCUUUAUCUCAAAGAUUAUCGUGGCUACUUUCUGAUAAUACACACUUAUUAACCUGUUACCAGCCUACAUCAUAUUUAUGCCAAGAAAAAUAUGCUGAAGCAACUCUUAUUUGCUUAAGAGCAGUUGAAAGAAACCAACCUAGUUUAUUGUCAGAAAUAAAUCCAUGCCUUUUCCUUUACAAAACAAGAACAAAUGAUUUUGUAAGGAUUCAUAGGCGUUGUUCAUCAUUUCCUGGUAAUCAGAUAAAAAUUUUUGAACAAAAGACUAAAAACUCAGCUAAAUCUUUAAGGGGUAUUGUUGAAGGCAAUAGAUAUAAACAUCAAGAACACAAGAUUGUCAAAAUUCAUGGUAAACUUAAGCCCUGGUCCAGUUUACCCUCAUUGCUAGUUGAUAAUUUAAACAUUAACGAGAGAAAGUUUAUUGUGCAAAGUAGAACAACUCCUAAUACUCCCAUACAUACAAAACGUAUUUGUCCCAAUUUUCUAAAAGUAGAUUAUGAAGCAUUGCAGAAAGGUACUUUAAAGAGCAGUUUAAAGAGAUGUAGCACCAGGCAGAAGCAUGUUGGGGAAGUGAUUAUUCAAAAUUGCGAUAUUGUUGAGCAUGUGCCUUCACUCAGUAGCUCUCAUAGUAGUGGAAUUACAGUACAAAAUGAUGUUUUUCCUAGUUGUUCUACAGCUUCACCUAAAAGCUCGUAUAAUGUUUCUCAGUCUCCUUUGUCAAUGGUUGAAUAUAGUUUUUUGCCUAUGCCAGGUGAGAAAGACUUUCGGAAGAAACCUCACAAAUCCUUUAUAGAGGAUGGAGGGAUGAGUGUUCUCCCCAUGGCUACCGGAUACUUUCCAAAACCAACAAAAGGACAAACUCUAACAUCAUUCUUGACUUCAAGUCACUUUGCUAAAACUAAUGCUGAAUUGGACAAAGAAAAUGCUCAUUUCAAUAUAUCAGAAGCCAUAAUUUCUGCCAUGGAACAGCUGAAGUGCAAACGUGAUCUGAAAUUGGCUGAUGAACAACUGGAUGAGAGUGAUCCAGAGAUUUUGGAUUUGAAACAAAGGAUCAGGCUUAGAAGAAGACAGAAGAUAGUAGAGAAUCAGAGGAAACAGUGGUCUUCAAAUUUCCUAAGUGAUGGAAAAACUGAUACUACUACUACAGUCAGCCCAUGUUCAACACCGCCUGAUUCCUCAUCAGGGAAACUCAGUUCAGAUGAUAUUGAUGAUCUGGAGAUAGAUCAGGCAAGCAAUUUAGAUGACAACCAUGGUUUGUCUAUGUCAAUGGCUUCCCUUUAUUCAGACGCAGACAUUGCUAAAAAACCUAGAGGUGCUCCAGAUGGCGCAUCGGAUAUAUUGUCAGCAGAAGGGGUUGCACUCUCCUUAAUUAGUAAAUUUAAUGAGAAACAUUUACCCAGGGCAUCAGAUUUGGAGUGGUUAGUGUCUGAAGAAGACGCUCCCCAGGCUUUAUUGCCUCUACCAAAAAGUUGGCCGGUCAGCCCAGAUGAUCCACAAGAAAUUGCUAUACCUCUAAGGGGGACAAAAGAUUGGGCGCCUCCGCGUCCGCAAAUUGUGUUGAGUCUGCAUCCAUCCCCCUCAAGAAAAUUGCUUAUGGAGAAACAGUUCUACAGGUGCGCGGGGUGCGGCAUGAGGGUAGCACAGCAGUAUGCAAUGAAAUUUCGAUAUUGUGAAUAUCUCGGUAAAUAUUUUUGCACUGGCUGCCACAAAAACCAAGUUGCUUUAAUUCCGGCUCGAGUUUUGCACAAAUGGGAUUUCAACAGAUAUCCCGUGUCAACUUUUUCUUAUAAACUGCUGGAGCAAAUGUAUUUGGAUCCCCUCUUCAGAGUGUUUGAGUUAAAUAAGAAUAUAGGCAAGCUCUCCAAGAAUCUAAUUUUCAUCCAUAAGUAUAGAGUAGGCCUUCUUUACCUUAAGGAAUAUAUAUUCAGCUGUCGAUUUGCCGAAACGGUCCAAGAAACCAUGGAACAAGAGCUUCCUGUUUAUUUUUUGACAAAACCCGACGAGUACUCAAUGGAUGAUCUUGUUAAUAUCAAAAAUGGUAAUAUGAAAGCCAAGAUGAAAUAUUUGGUGGGGAUUUGCUGCAAGCAUACCUCAGAGUGUAAGCUGUGCUUAGCCAGAGGUUUUAUCUGUGAAAUCUGUAAAAGAGACGAGAUUAUUUUUCCGUGGCAAAUGCGAAUCGUUACUAGAUGUGGCAAGUGCUUUUCUUGCUAUCACACCAAAUGUUGGAAUAGUUCCAAACAAUUGUGUGAGAAGUGCGAGAGGAUAAUGAAGCGUAAAUAUGAUUCCGCCGAAGACAGUAAGAUGUAAAGAUUAUUAUUUUGACUAUUAUAAAUGAUAUUCGAAAAAUAUGCUAGUUAAUGUGACUGACUUUUUAACGUUGUUAUCAUAAAGGAGUAAAUAAAUAA